ACUGUCCAUCGCUCGUCGUUGUCGACGGAACUCAUUCAUUAUCCAAGCAUGCCGUUCUCGAUUCAAUGCCAUCUCGAUUCAAUGCCAUCUCGAUUCAAUGCCAUCUCGAUCCAAAUCAACUUUCCCCUACUUCCAGAUGGACAAGAGUCAGCCCCAACAAAUUGUUAGCAACCUGAACACAAUCACCAGGUCGGCAGCAUGAACAUAGCAUCUUCUCUCUCAACUUAGUUUCAGCAUCAGUCUUUGCCACCUCUCUUGCCAGUAGUUUCGAUUGACUGCUCGGCUAUAUCAACUUUAUUAAUCCUACGAAAUUUCUCUGCUGAACACGUCCAUGGUUUUCUCUUCACGAUUCUUGUGUCCAUGUCCAUCAGCCUCGAUGCAAUCUGUUUCAGAUGGACCCGAUUUCUAUCUCCAGUGGCAUUGCUGGCCUCAUCACUUUGGGCUUACAGGUGAGUGCCACGCUUGCCAUAUAUAUCAACGCCAUCAGAGAACGAGACAAUUCCAUCAAAGAGCUCCGCGAUGAAUUGAUUUUACUCGGCGAAGUCCUCAGCCAACUACGGGACUUCCUCACCACCGACGAGGUUAGAUCUCAGUCUUUUGACCAAGAUUCUGUCCUCCGCAACGCCAUUCGAACAUGUUACCAACGCAUAGAGAGAAUUGGAGACAAAAUUAAGGUCACUGAUGGAGGCAAGAUGGCCCGCGUUUUGGAGAAGCUGAAAUGGCCUUUUGAACAACGUGAAGUCAACCAUAUGGUCGAGACCCUCCGUAGUUUCUCCCAGACCUUUCAGUUUGCACUCAGCAUUCAAGGAUGCCAUCUCCUGUCAAAGACUGCCGACUCGGCGAGCAAGAGCCUUCAAGAAUUACACGACAUGUCAAAGAAGAUGGAGGCUUUCUCCAGCUCCUCGGUUAUCGUCACCAACCAACUCCAACAGAUACUCACUUUACUUCCCAUGUUGAGUGAAACAGUGGACCAAGUCAAUGAAUUGACUCAGACUGCCAGACUCGCCGAGAUGCGAGAGCAGGAGCGAAGGACAUCAGAUAUCUUGGACUGGCUGGCCCCAGUGUCAGCCCUACACAAGCAUCGUGACAUGCAAGCUAAACAAGCACCAGGAACUGGCAAGUGGUUUCUUCAAAUGCCACAGUUCUUGCAAUGGAUUCAAGAUGGCUCAGCACAGCAUGAUCUCUUGUGCGUUGGCGGCCCGGGUGCGGGCAAGUCAGUCCUGGCCUCCAUCAUCAUCGAUCAUCUCAAGGCACAUGCCAAAGAUACCGAUAUCGCUGUGGCCUAUUACUACUACGAUUACUCCGAACAGCAGUCUCAACAUCCUUCAAACCUGGCUCGAUCGUUAUUGCGACAACUUUGCACCAGACAUCGAAAUUUGCCUAUAGCGGUAGCUGACUUCUACCAGCGCACAAGGAACGACGUCAAAGAUCAGACCUGGUUUCAUGACUUACUGUCCAUCCUCUGUCGAAUCAUCUUGACUUAUGACCAAUGUUUCAUUGUCAUCGAUGCUCUAGACGAAGCGGACAAUCUCACCCAACGUACGGGUUUCUUUCAAGUGCUCAACACUAUAAGAAAUGUAGCCGCCAACAUCAAAGUUCUUGCCACCUCUCGACCGCAUAUCCUUCGCAACGGUGGCAAAUUUAAAAAUCCAGUCGUAGUGGAUGUCGUCGCUAACCCACAUGACUUGCGACAGUUCCUGGAACAGGCCAUUGAAGCGCACUCCGACCCGGAUGAUCGCCUUGAGCCUGAAUUCAAAGAGCAAAUUAUGUCGUCUCUGUGCGCCAGUUCAAACGGCUUAUUCCUGCUGCCUGCUCUCCAGAUUCGAAUCAUUAUGGACCAGACUUCAAAAUCGGAAAUGAAGAGAGCUCUUCACAAUGCAUCCAAAACUCUGACAGCAGCGUUCCAGUCCACCAUGCAAAGAAUUAAUCGUCUCUCGGAAACAAGAAAAGAUCUGGCUUUGCGAUCAUUGAUGUGGAUAUCCCAUGCUCGAAGACCCAUGAGCAUGGUGGAACUACAGCACGCACUGGCAACUCGACCUGACGAUGUCGAUCUUGAUCGUGACAACAUGACCUCUCCCAGAACCCUCCUAGACUGUUGUUGUGGGUUGAUUGAGGUCGACCGCGACAACAGCAUCGUGCGAUUAGUGCAUCAUUCGCUCGAAGAAUACCUACGAGAUUAUAGCCAUGGACUCUUCAAGGACGCCGAUAUGUUGAUAACUAGAACUUGUCUGAAAUAUCUGUCCUUUCAUUCCAUCGAUCAACUUCCAAGCAAACACCGCUCGGAAUUUAACGCCGCAAUAGCCAACCUUUCAUUCAUUGAAUACGCAUCGGCGGAAUGGGGCCACCAUGCUCAUGAUGUAUCCGCCGAAGCAAUCAAAGAUCUAGCUCUGCCAUUUCUUCUCAACCCCCCAGCCCUAUUCACUAUGACCAGGGUGCGUGAGUCGCGGACACCCGACUUCCGGAAAUUCAUUGGGAAGAGUUGGAGUUGGGCGAAAUCUGGGGGCGCUGGUAUUUCCGUCUGUGCCGAGUUUGGUCUUGUAGACAUGCUCCAAAUCCUGAUCGAAGAACAAGGCAAUGAUCUUUGUCUAGAUUCUCGCAACAGCUACGGAAGCACACCUCUUCAUGAAGCAGCCAUGAAUGGACAUGUCGCAACAGCAAAAGUGCUCAUCGAACACGGGUCCAGUGUGCUGUGGACCAACUAUGGACACAGCACGCCGUUGUACUUGGCCGUCACCUUUGGCCAAACUGCCAUGAUCAAGUUUCUGCUCGAGCAUGGCAGAACUCAACUCGACCUGAAAGGCCCCAAUGACUUCACACCCCUUCACAAAGCCGUUGAGCAAGGAAACGAAGAGAUGGUCGCUCUCUUCCUUGAAGCUGGAGCCUUGUUAGCAUCGACCGACAAACAAGGAAACACACCCUUACACUUGGCAGCCAAACGUGGGUAUAAGUCUAUUGCAAAGUCGCUGGUGGAGGCCGGAGCAUUUGUGCACGUCAAAGACCAUGACCAGCUAUGUCCACUAGAUCAUGCAGCCACAGGCGGGUUUGCCGACCUGGUGGAGUUUUUCGCCAACAACGGUGGUUCGAUCGGACACAAGGGCAAGGAAAAAUGGACUUCUCUCCAUCGAGCUGCACGAGGAGGUCACUUUCAGACGGUGUCGUUGUUGCUCGACCGGGGCGCAGAUGUUAUUGCCGAAGAUUUCAAGGGAAACAUCCCCCUCCACCUGGCAGCCCGUUCUGGCAAUAUGGAGACGGUAAAGAUGCUACUGGAGCGACGACCCAAUCUCAAGAGUGUACAACUAUUCUCAAAAGAUCGCAAACACAGCACUCCCCGUGAAGUGGCGUUCUUCACCGCUCACUAUGACAUCCACAAGUAUCUCCGUGCAGCAGAAUGGGAAGUCGUGGGCGGUGAGCGCAGCAGGUCAAGCCUACUCACAACAGCGAUCGAAAGAGGAGAAGUCAACAAAGUGCGAGAAAUCCUGACCAAGCAACCCGAGUCAAUCGACCAAGUUGACGAAGACGGCCAACCUCCAUUACACGUGGCAAUCCAGGAACGACAAACCAGCAUCAUCCAUCUCCUAUUGAAAUACGGUGCUUCAGUCGAAAGAAGCGGAUACCACGGGUGGCGAGCACUACACAUCGCAGCCUCACUAGGCGAUCUAGAUCUAGUCAACAUCUGCCUUGCACAGAAAGCAGAUGUGUCGGCGCGCACCGACACAAGUCAGACGGCACUACAUAAAGCGGCCUCAGCGGCGUCGUUGGACGUCAUUCGUCGCCUCAUCGAAGCAGGUAGUGACAUCAACGCCCGCAAUAACCGAGGUAUGACUGCCUUACAUAUCGCGGCCCAUCAAAACCGAACUCAGGUUGCUCGCUCGUUGGUGCUUGAUUAUGGUAUGGAUGUUCUGGCGAGGGAUAGGCAAGGCUUGACUCCUGUGAUGUGGGCUGAGAGGUCGGGUCAUUUCGAAGUGCGCUCCUUUUUGAAGAAGAUGCAGAAACUGGCAGCGGGUAAUAGAGGUGUCGCUGUCCCUACCCAGGUUCCUGUUGUUGGAAGUGUCGCUGCCACCGAUGAUGGGUUGGAUGGGUUGGAUCAUGAUAUGCAUGGAUUGGAAGUUGUUGCGUGAUUAUUUGCAGAUAUGACAUCUGGGCAUAAAACAUUUAACGAUUUCACGAUGACGAUGAAGAAGAAGAUGACGAUGACGACGACGACACCGAUGAUGAGAACGACUGUUAUGGCACGAAAAGACAUAUCAGCAUACAUGCAUGGAUUUGAAAUCUUGAGGAAUAGAACCAUCACGGCAUCUAGUGUGCAAGAUUGCUCAGCAUUAUGGCCGUAUAUGAACUCUCUACUUUUACUAUCGGACAAGACCAACACUGUCAUUUACAUUUCCUUUCGGCAGAGCAAGAGAGAUAUAUAGGUCCUCUAUUCAAAAG